GGCUGCAGCCGCACAAGAGGUGAUCGAGCACGAGCAGUAACUCGAGCCCGCACGCACCUUCUCUCCAUGGGGUGCAUCAAGCACAUCGUGCUCGUCCACGGCGCGUGCCUAGGCGGCUGGUCCUGGUUCAAGGUGGCCACCGCGCUCCGCGCGGCCGGGUACCGCGUGGACACACCGGACCUGGCGGCCUCGGGCGUGGACCCGCGGCUGCUGCGGGAGGCGGCGCCCACGUUCCGGGACUACACGGCGCCGCUGCUGGACCUCCUCGCGGCGCUCCCGGCCGGGGACCGCGUGGUGCUCGUUGGUCACAGCCUCGGCGGCAUCAACGUCGCCCUCGCCGCCGAGCUGUUCCCGGAAAAGGUCGCCGCUGCCGUCUUCCUCUGCGCCUUCAUGCCCGACUUCGCCGCGCGGCCGUCGCACGUGCUCGAGAAGUUCGUGGAGGGGAAGUGGCUGGACUGGAUGGACACAGAGAUGAAGCCGCAGGAUGCCGAGGGCAAGCUCCCCACCUCCAUGAUGUUCGGUCCCGGGAUCCUGCGCGAGAAGUUCGUCCAGCUCUGCUCGCCCGAGGACGUCACCCUCGUUUCGUCUCUGAUGAGGGUGAGCUCGAUGUUCGUGGAGGACCUGGCCGUCCAGCAGCCGUUCACCAAGGGCGGGUACGGCUCGGUGCGCAGGGUGUACGUGGUGUGCACGGAGGACCACGCCAUCGCGGAGGGGUUCCAGCGCCUGAUGGUGGAGAACGACCCGGUUGACGAGGUGAAGGAGAUCGCCGCCGACCACAUGGUGAUGCUCUCCAGGCCCGACGAGCUGGUGCGGUGCCUCACUGACAUCGUUGAGAAGUACACUUGAUGCUAUAGCGCGCGCCUACCUGGCAGAGCUUCGGGUUAUGCUAAAAUGGCUUCAGCUCUGACUCCACCGGUGAAAUGGUAUUUCUAGUGGCAAAAUAAAUUCUCCUGCACUUCUCGAUGGCUGAUGCUCUGCCGUCUGCAUGUAUGUUUGAUGUUCUGUUUGCAUGAUUGCAUCCACUUCAUUUUCUUCCUUUCUUUUUUUUUAAAAAAAGCUUUCCACGCUGUUGUUGACUGUACUGUUCAUGAUUGCAUGAUGGC